UUACGCGAAGUGGAACGAGACAAGGAAUUCCGGAAACAGCGCAAGGAAGCUGUCAAAGCAGGAGUUAUCGAAGCUAGAGGAGGAAAUGAGAGCGACGAUUCAGAUAGCGAUCCAAUGGUGUCCGAUGAAGAUCUCGAAGAAGUUGCGGAAACAGAAAUGAAUUUGGUUUUGCAACGAAUUCCUCCCUCAUGCACAGUUAUAAAUCCUAUGCCUGAAUUGCGACCGUAUAUGUCAUGUCUGAGAUCGGAUGAGAUGAAAGAGAAGGCGAUGAUGAUGACGAAGAAGAGGAAAACGACAAGAAAGAAAACGGUGACAGUACAGCUCUUGGAAGGACUAGAAGCGGAGGUGGUGGAGGCGAUGAAGAUGUACGAUAAUCCAUACCUACGCAUAGCUCAAAUACAACGAAAAGAAUUGAAGUUUCUGCGAGAAAACGCUGAAUCUGUGCCAUGA